AUGAGUUGCUGUUCAAAGAAGAGAAUAAAGAAGGUCCCGAAGAAGAAAUGUGAAAAAGUUAUCCACCUGGAUCCCGAUGCAUUGAGAUACCUGAAAUUUCGAAUCGGAGGCAAGUACGCAACGGAGCGUCAUCUGUUUCUCAAAAAAGACCCGUCAAAAGAAAAGUCUAUCAUCGUUAGCAACAUUCCAGCUUUCAUUGGAGAGGAAGUCAUCCUCGCUAUGAUCGAUCAGUUUGCCCCAUUUGAAGUAGAAGAAUCCAUUGUUCAAAGAAGCAACGCAAACGAUAAUUCUCUCUCCCAGGGACAGUUAACGAUGUCAAUCACAUUUGAGAAGCCAGAAGCUAUAAUUCAAGUUCUAGCCUUGUGCCAAGACAUUGGACCCCUCACGAUCACCGAUUUCUUAGAAGAACCUGAAUUUCCUUCUGUCUUGAAAGAUUCAAUGUGUUUGUACAAACGGUUGUUCCCGUCGGAAGAACAGAUUCAGGAAAUGGCUGACACCUAUGUUGAGCGAUAUGAUGUUGAACAAGCAGAAGCAAGAAAAGAGGCGAAGAGGAAGUACUCGGAGACAGAUGAAGACGGCUGGAUUACUGUAACGAAAAAGAAGAAGACUGUUAAAUCUAUGAAACUGAGCAAGGAGGAUGUUCCGUUGAUUGGAGGAUUAAACGGAAAGAAGAAAAGGUUGAUCUCGCUUAUUAUACAUUCCAAAUCAAGAAAAAUAAGCAAGAGAGUGAGUUUUUUUUCUUCCCGUAUCGUACCAGUUUGGAAUACAUGUAUUACAGAAGCACAAGAACUUCUCAAAAAAUUCGAAGAAGACCGAAAAAGAAUCGCUCAGCUCAAACAAGCUCGCAACUUCAAGCCAAUGUAA